UACCCAUUAAACUCACCAAAGAGAGGAUUGCAAAAAGACUCAGGCUAAUAUGGAAACCACAGGGAAACAAAUACUGGAAUAUAUUAACUUCAAGCGUGUGUUGCUUUAAUCUUGCUACAAGCUGAAGUCACAAGAUGAGAUUGUCAUCUUCCUGCUUAAGCUUUUCCUCUAAGGAAUCUAUAUGGAACCGGAUGCCAGAUCAAAUAUCGGUGUCGGAGUUUCUGUCGGAAACAACAGAGGAUUACAACUCUCCCACCACAUCCAGUUUUACCACCCGUCUGCUGAGCUGCAGGAAUACAAUCAGCGUCUUAGAGGAGGCUUUGGAUCAGGACAGAACUUCAUUACAGAAGGUCAAGAAGUCCAUCAAAGCCAUUUAUAACUCCAGCCAAGAUCAUAUACAAAAUGAGGAGACGUACGCUCAGGCAUUGGAUAAGUUUGGCAGUAACUUCAUCAGUCAAGAUAAUCCAGAUAUAGGCGCUGCCUUCGUAAAAUUCUCUACUUUAACCAGAGAGCUCUCUACCCUCCUCAAAAAUCUGCUCCAGAGCUUGAGUCAUAAUGUGAUCUUCACACUGGACUCACUGUUAAAAGGCGACCUCAAAGGCGUGAAGGGGGAUUUGAAAAAGCCCUUUGACAAGGCCUGGAAGGACUAUGAAACUAAGUUUACCAAGAUUGAAAAGGAAAAGCGUGAACAUGCCAAGCAGCACGGCAUGAUCCGAACGGAGAUCACUGGGGCGGAGAUUGCCGAGGAGAUGGAGAAAGAGCGGCGGCUCUUCCAGCUACAGAUGUGUGAGUACCUGAUCAAAGUAAAUGAGAUAAAGACUAAAAAAGGAGUUGACCUCCUUCAAAACCUGAUCAAGUAUUACCACGCACAGUGCAACUUUUUCCAAGACGGCAUAAAAACGGCAGAUAAACUCAAGCAAUACAUUGAGAAGUUAGCAGCUGAUCUUUACAAUAUAAAACAAACACAAGAUGAAGAGAAGAAGCAGCUCACAGCUCUAAGGGAUCUUAUUAAAUCUUCUCUACAGUUGGACCAAAAAGAGGACUCUCAGAGCAAACAGGGUGGCUACAGUAUGCACCAACUACAGGGAAACAAAGAGUUUGGCAGUGAGAAGAAAGGAUAUCUGAUGAAGAAGAGUGAUGGAUUGAGGAAGGUGUGGCAGAGGAGGAAGUGCUCAGUUAAAGGAGGAAUUCUUACCAUCUCUCAUGCCACUUCAAACAGACAGCCUGUCAAACUCAACCUGCUAACAUGUCAGGUCAAGCCCAGCACUGAGGACAGGAAAUGUUUUGACCUCAUCUCCCAUAAUCGCACAUAUCACUUCCAGGCCGAAGAUGAGCAGGAAUUUAUGAUAUGGAUCUCAGUGUUAACUAACAGUAAGGAGGAAGCACUUAACAUGGCAUUCAGAGGAGAGCAGAGUGGAGGAGAUGACGGACUGGAAUAUCUCACCAAGGCCAUCAUAGACGAUGUGUUGGGGAUGUCCGGCAAUGAAGUGUGCUGUGACUGUGGGGCUCCAGACCCCAAAUGGCUGUCGACUAACCUCGGUAUCCUGACAUGCAUCGAGUGUUCAGGCAUUCACCGGGAGAUGGGUGUCCACAUCUCUCGCAUCCAAUCCAUGGAACUGGACAAACUGGGAACCUCUGAACUCUUGCUGGCCAAGAAUGUGGGGAACAGUAGUUUUAAUGAAAUAAUGGAAGGAAAUCUUCCUUGUCCCUCUCCUAAACCCACUCCUGCUAGUGACAUGACUGUUCGUAAGGAGUUUAUAAAUGCUAAGUAUGUCGAUCAUAAGUUCGCAAGAAAGACCUGCAGCUCCGCAGCAGCUAAGAUGAGUAAGCUGUUUGAAGCCGUCAGGUCACAGGACCUGCUAGCCCUCAUCCAGGUGUAUGCAGAGGGGGUGGAGCUUAUGGAACCACUACCUAACGGAGGACAGGAAGGAGGAGAAACAGCAUUGCACUAUGCUGUGAGGACGGCUGACCACACCUCACUGCACCUGGUUGACUUCCUCGUCCAGAACAGUGGGAAUCUGGAUAAACAGACAGAAAAAGGAAACACGGCUCUGCACUACUGCUGCCUGUAUGAGAAACAUGAAUGCCUCAAACUUCUGCUGAGGGGUAAACCAGCUACUGACAUCACCAAUCAGAAUGGAGAGACAGCUCUGGAUGUGGCCAGACGGAUGAGGAUCGGCCAGUGCGAGGAAGCGCUGGUACAAGCCGCUGCAGGAAAGUUCAAUCUGAAAGUUCAUGUGGAAUAUGAAUGGAAUCUCAGACUGGAGGAACUAGAUGAGAGUGAUGAUGAUCUGGAUGACAAACCGAGUCCAAUAAAGAAGAAUCGUUCUCCUCGGCCACAGAGUUUCUGUCACUCAUACAGUCUCUCUCCUCAUGACAAGCUCUCUCUGCCUGGUUUUAUUGGCCAGCAUGAUAAGCAACGGCUCUCGUACACUGCACUCACCAAUCAGAUGUACGGCGUUUCCACUGAUUGCCCUUCCUCCCCGGUCUCGGAUGCCCCACCUCUUCCCCCUAGGAAUGCAGGCAAAGCCCCUCCCUUGUCGAACCCGACCCCUUCCACCCUCACCCCUGCGUGUCCGAGCCCUGGUAGUGGCAGCUCCUCUACCCUGUCUAAGAAGAGGCCCCCACCCCCUCCCCCUGGACACAAACGCACGCUAUCUGACCCCCCUACCCUGCUCUCACACACCCCGCUCUUUAAAGGAAGCGAUUCAACACCGCCACCAGUCAACAAGAUUUCUCCUGUAACUAACAGAUUUGAGGGCAUUCCACAACAGCAAAGUCUCAACACCUCAAAGCCCACACUUGGUCCACGGGUCCUUCCCAACCUACCUCAGAAGGUUGCCCUGCGUAAGAUUGACACCAUCCAUCACCCAUCCGUGGAUAAAACAAACCAGCCUCCUGAGCCAAUCAUGUUCCAGAAGACUCUGCAGAGCUCCGACACUCCACAGAAAUUUCCGUUAGCUGACAAACCUCAACCUUGGGAUAUGCCUCCUAAACCACAGCCUUCAGAAUUACCUCCUAAACCAGGAGAGCUCCCUCCUAAACCUCAGCUGUCUGACCUUCCCCCUAAACCCCAGCUGGGUGAUCUACCCCCUAAACCUCAGCUGAAAGACCUACCGCCCAAGCCCCAACUGACUGACAUUUCCCCAGCCAAACCUACUGAGCUUCUCCACAAGGCUCCAUCUGGAGAAUUUGCCCCCAAGCCCCAGCUGUCAGAUAGUCCAACAGUCAUUCAACAAGGAGAACUGCAACCUCAGCCUGUCCAGUCUAGUGAAGACACCAAUGGAAGUCCAACAUCAGCAGAGGAAACACCUGUACCAUUGCCCAGGAAAAUAAAUCCUAUCAAGAGUAAAAUGCGAAGGGUGAAGACCAUCUAUGAUUGCCAGGCAGAUAACGAUGAUGAGCUCACGUUUGUUGAGGGUGAGGUAAUCGUGGUAACGGGAGAAGAAGAUCCGGAGUGGUGGAUCGGGCACAUCGAGGGGCAGCCAGAGAGAAAAGGCGUAUUCCCGAUGUCUUUCGUUCACAUCUUGUCUGAUUGACACAGAGAUGUUGCCUUCACUUCCUGUACAGUGUAAAAUCUCUGCCUUUGGAACACACUUGACUUCAGCUUGAAUCAACAAUGCAAGCACAAUGAAUAAACACCUUACCAUUAUAGACAUACAAUACAUAAACCGUGUCUAACUUUACCACUGUUACCCUUGCCGUUUUAUUAAGUGCACCCACAAGACCAGCACUUUUCCUCCACAGUUACUGUAUCUUUGUAAGAUUGUACAUACAUUUGUGUGAGUGUUAUACAAAGAUGUUUUUUUUUUUUGUAAAUGUAGAAACUUCAAGUCUGUAAAAGUUAAUGUGUGAACUUGUACUCUACCUGCCACUACAUUACGGCUGGGGGCAGUUUUGUUAAAAUAAUUAGAAGUUUUAAUGUGGCCAUCUAUGGCAGGGACAAAUAUGUUGAUUUCUCUUCCAGGUGGAAUAACUGGAUUUAUUGUUUUCCUGAACAUCAGUUCUCAGUUGUGUUUUUACCUUCACAUUUCCUUAUACACCACUAAAGCAUGUCUAGGAGUUAAAUGGUGUUAAUUUAAUGUGUGCUCCAGCUAACAUGCUUACUAUUUUGUGUAAAAUAAUUAACCUGUGGUCAAAUGAUGUGAUCCCAUACCAGUGUUUUGCCAUCUACGCAAGUAUUUUUACUGCCGUCUCAUCUGUGAAGGUCAGUGGCUUUCCAUAAACACAAUCGUUACCAUUGGUUUCUUAUCUUUAUUAUUGUGACAAGCAUUUGAGAAUUCUUGGUUACUUGAAAUAUUUCUGUAGUUAUGUUAUAUCUUCAAGUGUUAAGAAUGCAAAUGAAUUGCAAUUAGAAUGAAUGCAAUUUUAAUCUAUGAUAUUCCCCAUGCUUUUAGAAUCAAGAACACUUUUGGCAUGCCGUCACAACAUCAAAACCUCUAAUCAUAGGACUACAGCCACUAUGGUACCUAGUAUUUGAAUCACUCUUGCAAUUUAUAUUCACCAGAAGACAAUCUUUUAGACUUAAGAAAUUAAUGGCAAAUUAAAAUUAGGGAAUGUAUCCAUUUUAAAUGUCUUAAGAUAACAUCACAAAAAUGCAAGUGUACCUUCCAAGUUAUUUUUUUAGCCUCUUGGAAAGAUGUCACAUGGUCACCCUUUUUUGAUA